UUAUGUUGUUUGAUACCUAUUCAAAUAGCAAUUGCUAGAGAAAACAAAUUAAUUCCACUUUAUAAUGGACUCGAUGCACCUGAAAAAUAUAAUAUAGAAUAUGAUAAAGAUGAUGAUAAUUAUACAGAAACAAUAAGCCCUAUCACAAAAGAGGUUAUUUAUGUAGCGUUAGACUUUGAAGGAAUAGGCUCUUUAGAACGUACUCCGCAAGAAGAUCUUCUUUUAACCUUGCUUAAUGCUAGUUUAAGCAAUAUGAUAUUAUUCAAAAACCAAUUUGUAAUCAACCGACAAAUAACAUCAGCGUUUCAAGGCUUUCAAAAUGGCGCUAAUCAACUUAAGAAUGAUUCUAAAAUCUUUAAGGCACGAUUAUGUAUUAUAAUCAAAGAUGUCCCCAAACAUGCUCGAAAGGAAAUUUUAC